CGCCCGAUUAUAAUUCUAUGGCUGCUGUUACUUUAGAUGGACUACAGUCGAUGUUGUGCUCGUACAGUAGACCUCAUCAGGAAAAGGUUCUCCGCCAAUACGCCAAUCCUUCUUGGCAUUCGGGGCCGUGGCCGCGGCGGAACGCCUUUCGACUGCUUCUUUUCUUUUUCGAACCCUCUCCAUGUGUCGCCCUGCCGCACUUCUCGACUUGGCGAGUGUGUUUGCGUGGGGAUCAAUGUAUUGAUGAUGGUAAUUCAAGGCUUGAUGGUGUCGGUCGUAUUUCCCUUUUGCCCUCACGUUGGCCGCGGGCUAGCCAAUAGAUGGCGGUGUUCAUGCUUGCAUCUCACGCGGUAUCACACUGUUUCGGAUGGUCGCAGAAGGUAUGCACAUUCGACACGCACAGAAAGGAUUGCCAUGUGCCAAACGAGAUGUGGGAUGUGGCGUUCUUUUCUUCUUAUCAGAUUUUCAAUCGAGUGAAACAUCAAGGUGGUGCCCGUCGACAUGUCAUAUAACGUGCAAGAGAACCUUUGAUCAAUCACUCCUUCGUUCUUGCUACUACGAAGCUCUCUUCGUGGUCUCACGCGGCAGUUUAAACUUCGGUUCGGCCGUUGACUUUUAACUUACCACGCACGCGC